AUGGUGGGUACUCGUAGUAACGAUAACCCGUCUAGUAGCAGUGCCCCGCAGCCCGAAGUGGAUCCAAACCAACUUCUGGCGAUGAUUCAGGGAUUGGUCACCAAUCAGCAGCACCUAGCUGGGCAGCUACAGCGGGAGCCUCAGCACCAACCUCCCCCUCGUCCAGAGUCUAGCGUUAGGGAGUUUCGGUAUAUGCGGCCCCCUUCUUUCUCUGGUGCUGAAGGAACCUUAGCAGCAGAAGAGUUCUUGAAGGUCACCGAGACUAUUCUCACGGUGACCCGUAUUGCCCCUGCUGAAUGGGUGGACCUUAUGGAUAUUCAGCUCACCGACACUGCUCGGAUUUGGUGGACUGCAGAGAAAGCUCAUUUGGAGAGACCGAUUUCGUGGGAUACCUUCACAGACCAUUUCAACAGGAAGUAUUUCCCUCAGUCAGCUCGGGACGAGCUUUUGCGAAGAUUUGUGGAGCUUAAGCAAGGAGGGCGAACAGUUGAUGAGUACGAGGCAGAGUUUUCUUCCUUGAGUUGA